AUGUCUGUUGAUAACGAGAUCAGGGGGCGAUUAGCCCUGAUUACUGGUGCAUCCGGAGGUAUCGGUGCAGGAUGCGCCCGAGACCUGUACAAACAAGGGUGCCAUCUGGCGUUGACGUACUCCAAGAACAAGGCAAGCGUCGACACGCUACUCUCCGAACUACAAUCCUCUCCUUCCGAUCAGAUCAUCUCAACACAUCAAGCAGAUAUGGCAUCGACACAACAGAUGGAGGACCUAUACAAGGAGAUUGAGGCACAGCAUGGUCACGGUCCGGAUAUUCUGAUUGCCAACGCUGGCUAUGGAAAGAGAAUACCGCAGAUCGGUGACAUUACGUACGAAGAGUGGGACUAUACAAUUCAGAUCAAUCUGCGGGCACCUUUCAUCCUUGCCAAAUUGGCCGUUCCUUAUAUGGCUCAACAAGGAUGGGGACGCAUCGUCAUGAUUUCGUCCAUCGCUGGCUAUGGGGGUGGCGUCAACGGCUGCCAUUACGCGGCCUCCAAAGCAGGUCUCCUCGGGAUGGUCAAGAACUUGGCUUCGAAGCUGGGUAAAGAUGGUAUUACGGUCAACGAUGUGGCACCUGCGAUGAUUGGAGAGACUGGUAUGAUUCCCAAUGCCAAGUUUCUUGAAGGGACUCCUGGAGAUGUCAGAAACAUACCUGUGGGUAGGCUGGGCACUCCACAAGAAUGUGCAAACGUUGUGACCAUGCUAUGCAAGACAGGAUAUCUUACUGGACAGAGUAUACUCUUGGCGGGAGGAUUAAAGUAG